AUGUCAUCCCCUGUCUCCAGCCCUCCAACGGGCGUCUUUGUCCCCGUGCCUACCUUCCUGAAACCCGCCUCCGCAUCGGCAGGCCUGCAGCCCAAGGUCGACGUUGAGACACAGGUCAAGCACUCGGUAUUCCUGGCCAAGAAUGGCAUCCGCGGUCUUGUGCUACUCGGGUCGACCGGAGAGGCCAUACAUCUGAACAAACAGGAGCGAUUCGACCUGAUUGCCGGCUGCAGGAAGGGCCUCGACGAUGCUGGCUUUCCCGACUACCCCAUCAUGGCCGGUGUGCUCACCAACGGCAUCGAUGAGACCUUGGAGUGGCUGCAGGACUACGCCAAAGCCGGUGCACAGUGGGGUCUCGUGCUGGUCCCGGGCUACUUUGGCACGGCAGGCUCGCAGGCCAACAUCCAGGAGUGGUACACCAUCAUUGCAGACAACAGCCCCAUCCCUAUCCUGAUAUACAACUACCCGGGCGUGACAAACAACGUCCUGGUUGCUCCCGAGACGUACUCGGCUCUGGCUCAGCACCCAAAGAUCGUGGGAUGCAAGAUGUCUCAUGGCAACGUGUCUUACCACGUCCAAGUAUCCCUUGACCCAGCUAUUGACCACAACAAGUUCCGAGUGUACAGCGGCUUUGGUCAGCAACUCGGGCCCAUCGUGUUCUUCGGAGCAGCUGGAGUCAUCGAUGGCUUGGCGGCCAUCUACCCCAAGACCGUGUCCCGAUUGAUGGAGCUCGCAGAGAAGAGGCCAAUCGACCCCGACACGCUGGCUGAGGUGCAGAGACUGCAGUACGUGGUUAGCAAGGCGGAGGAGUACAUAGGCAAGACCGGUAUCGUUGGUAUCAAGGAGGCCGUCUUCCGUGUCACGGGUCUGGGUACUCUCGAGGGCGGUAGGCUACCCCUGAAGGGAAAGCUGGCGGACGGAGAGUGGGACAGGCUGAGGAAGCUGUACCUCGCUGAUGUCGAGAAGUCGGAGAGCAGUCUGUAG